AUGGAUUCCUCCUCCAUGGUCUAUGUUUUUCUGCUCAUUCUUGUCACUUCCUUCUCUUCCUUUUUCCAAGUUGCCUUUGAUAGUGGUGCCUGCCGGAAGCCUGUGACCCCCAACCCAGCUCCCAAAGACAGACUAAUAAUCAUCCCUCCAAUCAUUGAAAAACUACAUAUCAUCCUCCCUCCAACCAUUGAAAAAAGUCGUUUCAAAAUUCCUCCAGCCGUCGGAGGACCACAUAUCCCCUUCCCCCAACACUUCAUAAAACCGCCGGUCACUCUCCACACUAUUAUUAAGCCAAACAUCACCAUCCCUCCCAUCAUGGGAAAACAACACAUCACCCUGCCUCCCAUCACCGUGAACCCGCCGAUAAAUAAACCCCUACUGACGGGCAAACCGGGCUCCUCUUCGCUUCCAGCUCACAAAAAUACUUGCCCUCUAGACAUCCUAAAGUUUGGAACUUGUUUGGAUCUCCUUAGGAGUGCGAUUCAGAUUGGAGAUCCGACCCUCAAUGAGUGUUGCCCGCUCAUCAAAGGCUUCACAGAGAUUGAAGCAAUGACUUGUCUUUUCACCGCCAUCAAGCUAAAGUUUUUUAACAUCUACAUGGUAUAUCCCAUUGUCGUUGAUCUAUUGAUAAGUUGUGGCAAGGCAGGCAAACACUUCUUGUAA